AUGCCCCAACGACCGGGCUUUGGUCAAAAGUUUUUGCUGGAAGAGGAUCUGGCCAGCAAGUCGUUGAAUCAGUCAACUUCCUUUUCACCCCUUUCAGCAACCUCUUUCCGUGUUGUGCUUUGCAUGUGUUGUAAAUGCACUACAAGAGAUGCGAGUGCUUCUUCGGUGCAGUGGACAUUGGUGAAGGUAUUUUCAGAUUGGUGGCUUUACAGAGGUGUGCUUUGGAAUAUACUAUUUUCCAUUUUCAAGGUUGAGAAUAUUCAUGGUAUUCAGGCAGGUUCCAGUUCGAACUUCCAUGAACAUAUUCUAUUUUUUAUCUUGGCAGCUCAGCAUACCAUUGGGAGGAGCUUCGGGGAUUGCGCUGAUCUCGCCCUUUUUUUGCACGAGAACACAUUCCUUCGUCACUGCGUGACAAGCUUUCUUCAUUUGCUCUUCAUGGAUGGCGCCUGGCAAUCGUGGAAUCUUUACCAACCCCACCCAUCCUCCCAAAAUGCCCAAACCCUUGCCACGAAGUGGUGGACCUUGGGAGGUGGUCUGCUGGGAGGUGGUACCCGGACUCGGCGGACACGGCGAGGAAGGGACGCCCCCGACCAAAGGCAGGCGCAGGAGAGUCUGACCAUUGUUGCUGGACAAAUUGUUGCUUUGAUUCCUCAUCCAUGA